AUGGACACUUCUCCUUCUUAUCUUGGCUCGAGAGGCCACAAGCUAUCUGUUGCCCAAAUCUUCCUCGCUGUCGCUCCUGCCUUCUUCCUCUUCGGCUACAAUCAGUCUGGAGUUGGUGGACUUUUGUCCGUGACCGACUGGACGAAGACAUUCCCCGAGAUCGACACUAUUCAUACACACGGCCACGAGAAAUCUCAACACUCGACAUUACAGAGCGUAGUUGUUCUACUUUUACCAUGGGAGCACUCUUUGGUGCCCUAUCUUGUUCUCGCCUCGGAGAUAUACUUGGCAGACGGCAAUCUGAAUGCUCGCCGCCAAAGAAUCGUGGGAAGCAUGUUGUUUUGGAUGGUUUGUUUAUCAGCUUCGGUUGUCUUUCAGCAGCAUGGAUCAAUCUUGGCUUUUUUCCAAAUCAAAACAGGAUCCAUUCCCUGGCGACUACCCCUAGCAAUCCCAAGUGUCGUCUCAAUGCUCCUCAUGUCGGUCAUAUUCUUCCUCCCCGAGUCUCCACGGUGGCUCCUCCGAGUCAGCCGCCGCGAAGAGGCGAUCCACGCCUUAUCUGCUCUCAAAGAUCUGCCUCCCACCUCGGCUGGUAUCGCUCAAGAGAUUUCCGCUAUCGAAUCCACACUUGAACAGUCCUCUCAUACCGCUGCAAAGCUUAGCGAUAUCUUCACCAUGGGAGAAGAGAAGCUCUUUUAUCGCUUCAUGCUUUGUAUAUUCUUGCAGCUUUGUCAGCAGAUGAGUGGCGGGAAUCUUAUCUCGGUCUAUUCAACUGUCAUUUUCCAGGAGAAUCUCGGACUUCCUUCGCAGACUUCUCGUAUCCUGUCUGGAGGAACACUCACCUGGAAAUUUCUAUCCUGCUUCGUGGCCUUCUUUACAGUCGAUCGCUUCGGCCGAAGAGCUCUAUUGAUGGUCAGCGGGGCAGGAAUGGCACUUUGCAUGCUGUCCCUGUGCAUUGCCACAUCAUUCGGCACCGAGAACAAGAGCGCUGGCAUCGCAGCAGUAUUCUUCAUCUACAUGUUCAAUUUCUUCAUUCCCAUUGGUUUCCUCGGAGCCAACUUCUUGUACUGCACUGAUGUUGCACCUAUCAGGUUGAGAGUAGCGAUGGCGAGUAUAUCGACUGCGAAUCACUGGCUGUGGAAUCUGGUCGUUACGCUCAUCACGCCUGUAGCGAUCGCCGACAUUGGAUACAGGUACUACAUCUUGUAUACCGUUAUCGGUCUCUGCAUUCCGGUCACAUUUUAUUUCUUCUACCCGGAGACUAUGGGCAGGAGUUUGGAAGAGCUGGAUGAAGCUUUUAGAUCGAACUCUUCGAUCUUGGGUAUUGUGUCUGCAUCGAAGAAGUUGCUGUCCCAGGAAAGCUUGGUGGAGGAUGAUGAGGAGAAGGGAUUUUCGGUGGCAACAUUGGAGGAGGUAGAUAAGAAGGUGGGGUUGUGA